ACCCCAUUCGGAAUAUAUAAAGCGAAUUUGAUUUUAAGUAAUGGAAUCGCGUAUAACGUCGAAGGAAUACAACGUGAAGGCAACGCUUUGAUGACAUACAGUGAAAAAAAAUUUUUGAUUCGAUUUGAUCUAAUAAUUAGCAACUUGCAGUUUGAAUAUGAUUAUCUUCUACAAUUAAUGCCUAUUGAAGGAUACGGAAAGGUUAUUGGUACCUUGGAUGACACCAUUGUUCAUUCGGAGAUGUCAGUAGAUGUAACAAAUAUCAGUUUAAGAUUAAAUAAGUUCCGCAUUGCCCAGUUCAGAAAAAUACAUAUUCACUUGGAUAAUUUUAUCGGGCAGCUAACUGGUUCAAUUUUAACUCCUAUUACAAACUUGUUUAAAGACCGGAUAACUACAUCGAUAUCGGCUGGCCUGGAAAAGGAAAUGGGAUUGAUAUUGGAAAACUUUAAUGACGGUGAUCCUUUACAACUUCGUAAAUUUGCAAAGCAAUUAAUAGCUGGAUUAACGGGAUCAUGAAAAAAUUAUUGUGUGUAAAAUAUCAUACCUCACAACGGAAAUACAUAGGUAUAUUUUAAAUAUGGAUAAUGGUACUUUGUUACGUCGUAUGUACACAUGUAUAUACUAUAUACAAAAAUUCAUACAUUGUUUAUAUGAACCACAUAACAGUAAAUUGUGCAUUAUUAUUUCGAA